AUGAAGACCUCGAAACUCAUCACUGUUCUUGCCCUUGGCGCAGUUGCCUACGGGAUGCCUGUUGCAGAAGAUCCUAACACUUGGACUCAUAUUCCUGCUGAUUCGAUCAGUCUUGGGAAUCUUGCUCCCAUCAACUUAACCAACAUCGAGCCCACCGACGAUAAAACCGACAUCAAGGAACGCGGCCUCAACCUUGUUUCGAUCCCUGGUCCGACUUUCCAUCCCGCCUUCCUCCCUAAUGGCCAUCCCGCCGCCACGGCCAUCACGAUUGCCGGCCGUGCGCUCCUCAUGACAGCCUGGAUCGAUACCCAGAACCGCCUCAAUAUCAUUCUUGAUGCAGCCUUCCCAGGUCUUACGGGAGUUGUCAUGGCUGGUGUUCAUAAUCUGCAUAAUCAUCUGGGUGUUCUUCCUCACGCAUUUGAGAUGGGAGUGCGAUACGUCGCUGAUAAUAACAACUCAGAGAAUGAGCCUGCUGACACCUGGCAAUGGUUCUGGUUUAAAUAG